GUGGCCGGCAGCCAGUCAGCAGCAGCAGCAGAGACGUGUCAGACCAGGUAUACUCCCUCCGCCAUAAACACUCAGAGUCUCAUGAUUCCUGAAUGACCGGUGACUGGGUUGUAAAUCACCGAAAGUACAACCUCCUCCAGCUCCACACGAGGACUUUAAGCCGAGUCUUGAAGAUAGAAGUUGAACUUUGACUCUGGAGACUUCAUAUAAAGUGGAGCAGAGGGAACAGGAGGCUAUUUUACCUUGUAACGGACGGAGUGAGACCAUGGCCACGUGGAGGACAGUGGGAGCUCUGCUGCUGAUUCUACCUGCAGUGUUGGGCCAGAAUAGCAUCAGCUGGUGCACCAUCUCAGAUGCAGAGCUGAGGAAAUGUGAGGCCAUGUCUCAGGCUUUCGCCAAAGUCUCCAUCCGUCCAUCCCUCAAAUGUGUCAGCGGCGUGACAGUGGAGGGCUGCGUUCAGAAACUGGAGAGAAAAGAAGCUGAUGCGGUUUCCAUGUAUGGACCUGACAUCUACGAGCUGGGAAAGACCGCCUCCUUCAAGAUGGCCGCCAGUGAAUCAAAGAGCGACCGCACCGGCGCCUCCUACUACGCAGUGGCCGUGGUGAAGAAAGCGGAUUCGGGCAUCAACAUCCACAACCUGGCAGGAAAGAAGAGCUGCCACACUGGGAAGGGCCGGACGGCCGGCUGGAAUAUGCCUCUGGGAUACUUCACAGACCAGGGUUACAUGUCUGUGAUGGGCUGCAAGUUCUCACAGGCUGUGGCAGAUUUCUUCAGUGCGAGCUGCAUCCCCGGCGCCAACGAGGCCGGUGACCCCACGUCUCUGUGUGAGCUGUGCAAAGGAGACGGGAGUGGAACGUUGUUCAAAUGUGACAAGAGCCCCAAGGAGAUGUACUUCAGCUAUGAAGGAGCUUUCAGAUGUCUCGCUGAGGGAACAGGACAGGUGGCCUUCAUCAAACACACAACAGUGGAGGAGAACACUGAAGGUCGAGGUCCAGAGUGGGCAAAGCUCCUGAAGUCCUCCGACUAUCAGCUGUUGUGUCGCGACGGCACCAGAGCUUCCAUCGCUCAGUGGAAAACAUGUCACAUGGUCCGCGUCCCAUUCCGAGGCAUCGUGGUCCGCAGUGAUGUCACUUCCUCCGUGGUGUUUAACAUGCUGAAGGAGGGACUGGAAAAGUCGGACUUCAACAUGUUUUCAUCUGCGGAGUACGGAGGAGGAGCGGUGCUGUUCUCCGACUCAACCACCAUGUUACAGGAGGUGGAGUCAGACGACCCCGAGAGGUGGAUGGGCCGGUACUAUUACAACGCUCUGAAAGCCAUGGACUGUAAACCAGAAGAUAAUCUGCGGUGGUGUGUGUUGUCCGGCUCCGAGCAGCAGAAGUGUGCUGACAUGGCCAAGGCCUUCAGAGUAAAGGGUCUGACUCCAGAUGUCCAGUGUGUCUAUGGAGACUCUGUGACCGACUGCAUGAGCAAAAUCAAGAACAAGGAGGCUGAUGCCGUCACUCUGGAUGGAGGAUACAUUUACACGGCAGGCAAAGACUAUGGCUUGGUCCCUGCUACUGGCGAGAGCUACACAGAGGAAAGUGAUGGCUCCAUAUACUACGCCGUGGCCGUGGUGAAGAAGAGCAGCCUUGACAUCCGGAGCCUUGAUGACCUGCGCGGCCGCCGCUCCUGUCACACGGGAUACGGUCGCUCGGCCGGCUGGAACAUCCCGGUAGCAGCGCUGAUGGAGAGGGGCCUGAUCGCCCCUCAGCACUGUGAGAUACCCCAAGCGGUGGGAGGUUUCUUCCAGCAGAGCUGUGUGCCAGGUGCCAAUCAGCCUGGCUUCCCCAGCAACCUGUGUGGUUUGUGUGCGGGAGACGCCUCAGGACAGAACAAGUGUGAGAAGGGGAAGGACCUGUAUGAUGGAUACAACGGUGCAUUCAGGUGUCUGGCAAGCGGAAACGGAGACGUGGCGUUCGUCAAGCAUUCGACCGUCUUCCAAAACACAGAUGGUAACUCUGCGGAGGCGUGGGCAGCGAACCUCCACUCCGGGGAUUUCCAGCUGCUCUGUGCUCAUGGCACUAAAGCCGAGGUCACACAGUACCGUAGCUGUAACCUGGCUCGAGUCCCUGCCCACGCUGUGAUGGUUCGGCCUGGCACCAACAUCCACGCCGUCUAUGGACUCCUGGACCGCGGACAGAUUUAUUAUAGCAACGACACAGGUGCUGGUUUCAGGAUGUUUGACUCGCAGGCCUACGAGGGCAGUGAUCUCAUCUUCAAAGACUCCACUGUUCGCCUCAUGGGGGUCGGGGACAGGAGGACCUACCAGGAGUGGCUGGGACAGGCCUACAUGGACUCACUGGUCACGAUGCAGUGUAAUUCAUCCGGUGCAGUGAUGUCCUCCGUGUGGCUGCUGCUGACGACCCUGCUCAGCCUCUUGAUGACCAACCUCUAGAUAGAAACACACAGAAUGACACAGACAAUCCUUCCUCUAUUCCCCUCCUCUUCUAAAUUCAUCCUCUUUCCUCUUCAUCCAUGACUUGGAUAUCUCCCUUCCUCCCUCCUGUGUCCCGUGUUAUUUGUCUUUCACCACUUCACCACAGUUCAUUUCAGCCACUUCAGCUUUUCUGGAGACACACUCCUUCUCUCCCUGAAUGUGUUUUUAAUUGUAAAUCUGGAUUUGAAUCGUGCUGCCGGCCAGUGUCAAUCAGGCAUCGCUACCACGUUGUUUACUGAGGGUGAGCUGCCAUAUCAGUGUGUAUGCUGCCACCUGUUACAUUGCGUUCGUGGGUAUUGGUGCCUGCCUGUCUGUCCGAAGCUUUCAUGUGAAGGUCGAAAUCAGAUCGUUGCUCUGCUGCCACUUGCUCUGUGAGUAAUGGACGAAGCCUUAUCUUAGUUCAGGCUGUGUGUUUCUAAUAGAAGCUAAUGCCAUAUCAGUGAAUAUGCACUAGUGCUGCCUCCACACAGAGCUGUGGUCAGGACGCUGUGAGGAGGAGUUUUCAUCCACAGGCUUUCGGCUUCAUGUGUUCUCCUCAAAAGACUGGCAGUGAAGGUGCAGGUGGAAUGUGAUACAAAUUCUGCAUGUCAAUAUCCUUAUGACAAUAAAAUAGUUAUACUUAGUUUCAUAAGAUGAAAACUGAAUUGUGAAUAAAAUUAAAUACUUCCUGAAUCCACAGUUAUGAAGCACUAAUCGCUACUAGACUCUUCUGACAUCUCAUGUGCUUCCUGCUGCUCGAUGCUGUUUCUGUUGUUUAACUGUUGAUUGGAUUUGUAUUUUCCUAUAUGUUGAGAUUUUCUAUUUUUUUAUGAGGUUCAGGUGCCAUAUCAGUGUAUAUGUACUGACUCAUGCCGUCAGAAACCAAUGUCUCCUUUACCCCUUGAUAUGGAAUUAUUUCUCUUGUGAAAUGAUGUCACAUGUGACUAAUAUUUAGUUGCCAGGCCAGUGCGUCUGCAUAAGUAUUGAAACAUAAAGCUUUUUUUCUCUGCAAUUUACAAAUGAAAUAAAGUUUAUGCUGAAAAAUUCA